AUGAUGAAGCACACACGGUCAGCACUGCCCAUACACUCAGUCCACCCUGGCAGGGACCUCACCAAUGACCUCCAUGAAAACAGGGUCCCAGACAAGCCAGUUGGUCUGAAGGCCAUGGCGCUGACUGACCACAUCAGGGUGUGUUGGCAGCCCCCCGCACAGCACAAUGUGCUGCUGUGCGGCUACACCAUUGCCUGGGACCAAGGCGUGGCGGACAUCUACUCCAAGAUCGUGGACAGCAAGCAGCACGGUUACAUCAUUGAUAAGCUGGAACCCAACAUGGAGUUUGUGAUAAGCCUGCGAGCCUUCAACAACGUGGGUGACGGGCAACCGGUGUACCAGCAAGUCCGCACCCAGCCAGAGGAGGAGGUGGUGGCACCCACGCUGGACCCGGCGGUGUGGGUGAAGGCCGUGGUGCUGACGCCCUUCACCGUGGUGCUGCAGUGGGCGGACACCAUGCUGAGCCAGAACCAGUACAACAGCUGCACCACCUUCUCGUCCUCAUCCUCCAGCCGCUACGUCAACGCCACGGAUGUGACCUGCCUCAUUGACAGCCUCAAGCCAUCAACAGUGUGUUUGGCGUGAGUCCCCCUAUAGCCUGGUGGCCUCCAACACCCUGCUGGUGGCCCGGCCGUCCUGGCCCUCCCUGGCCAGCCGUCCACCACCACCUUCACCCGGCAGCCGUCCACCACCACCUUCACCCGGCAGCCGCUGCAGCGGAACAAUGGGAGGAUCACAGGCUACUUGAUAUUCCUCACCACGGACCAAACUGUCAGUGACUGGGUGACGGGGGAAGUGACGGGGGACUGGCUCACCCUCACCGUCCAUGGACUGACGCCUUCAAGGAAGUAUUUGCACAAGAUGCACUCUCACAAUGUCAAAGGUUUUGGUCCAUUCUCCUCCGUGGAAAGCUUCACGACUUCCAGCUGUUGACAAGAGCAUCGGUGAGCCCCCAGGCUGGUGUGUGGAGCGAGAGGCCUGAUUGUGCUGGUGAUCGCUGGCGUGGCAGGAGCCAUGACCAGCUGGGGGCCUUCUUGGCCACCACACUGUACUGCCGCGGGUCAAGGCGGAGCCCAGGCCAAGCAUUGUUGUUGGCGGCAGCUGCAGUGAGAGCAACAAGCCUGGCGUCCAGCCUCCAGACCUGUGGAUCCAUCACGGCCACUUGGAGCUGAAGAACUUUGACAAGGGUGAGCGCAGCAACUCCCCCAACCACGCCUCCAUCAUCCAGCACACAGCUGAAGAUCAACAGCAAGGAGAUGACGGCGCUAGACCAGAUGCUUGGGGCACUCCUGGAGGCUCUGCAGGACAAGGCCAAGGAAACAAAGAGUGGCCAGGCUCUGGGACCGAGGCACAGAGAGCCAAGACGGCCGAGGGUUUAUCAAGACUGACAACAACGUGACGGUCAAAGUGUUAGAGCUCUGAAAAAUGAAGAAAGGAAGGAAGGAAGAUAAUCUCAGAAGACUCAUACAGUCCAUUACACGUCCUUCAUGUUAUGUUAUUACAUUCCUGUACUCCCAACGCCCGGCCCGGGGGUCCAGCCGCAAUACUCACAAGGUCCAGAUGCAGACUGCGGCCACCACUUGAGCAGCCCGGCUGCUGUACGCCAAUCCUUAUUUAGUUGUGUUCUUGUAGAGUUAAAUCCAGACAUCCCAUAUCCUUAGGCCAGGUCAAAAGUAAAGUUUGGUGUGCAUGGCCUCAGUGUUCAUCUCUGUUACACUGCCCCUGGAGGCCGUGGAGUCAGGAGCCCAGCACCCUGGGACACACUCAGACUACCACAGGUGCCUCCCCAGGGGUCUCCAGGUACACAUGAUCACCCAGACACAAAGAAUGACCUGCAUACGUCUAGGGAUUCAAACCCUGGCCAGCGGAUUGGUAGGUAGGCAUGCCAGCCACAGCACCAUGGAGCAAUGUAUUAUACUAGUACUUGGCACUGGUAUCCUAUGCUAUUUAUUCCUGGCUAGUUGGACACCAGAGAUUUCCUGUAUUAAUUUCAUGGGUUUUCUGUUAUAUAUUUGUUUAUUAGGUGUAUCUAUUUAUUUAGUUUCAUCAUGAUUUUUAUUGUUAUUUAGUGAAGCAGCUCAAGGGUGAAUGUAAUACAAAACACACUCUGCAAAUUGAUAUUUUUAUUGCUAGAACACAAACACACACACAUACACAUAGUGACAUAAGGAAGGUCAUGUGGCUAUGUAGGGGGGCGGGUCAGGAUAGGGUCCAUUAUGUGUCUGGGGGAGGGCAUGUGUCUGUGGGAUGUUAUCAACUUCCUGUGGGUGACAUCCUGUGUGGCCUGUGAGCUGAGAGAGAGAGAGAGAGAGAGAGAGAGAGAGAGAGAAUAGGAUUGACAAGAGAGAGAGGGAUAGAGACUGGUAGCCCAAGGAAGGAGUAGAUAGGUAAACAGAUGAAGAAAGAUGCAUGAAAGGGAGGGAGAAAGAACUUGAGUGAUAAAUAAGGAAGUUAAACAGAGCUGAGAAAAAGGAAAUAUAUACAAGGUUAAUGUGUAAAGUACAGUUAUCUGUAACUGUAUAUUUGAGGCUUUCAGAGGAGGCGGGACAUAAGGAACAGUCCUAUUUUUUUCUCGUUUGUACUGGGAAGGGAAAGUCUGGCUAUCCUACACAUCCCAGGAGGAACAAAACACAAGUUACAAGGGGAAAGCAACUCUUGGUACGCCCAACACAAGGUCGCUUUUCCCUUGCAACUUGUUUCUCGGAAUGCAUAGAAUAGCCGGACCUUCCUUUCCCAGUGCAGACUAGAACACAAUGGGCCUUUCCCUUACGUCCCCUCCCCUCCAAAUGCCUCAAAUAUGUGUGUGUGUGUAAUGAAAAAAAAAGGAUAAAAACCUAAUGAAGAGAUAGAAAUAUGGAAUGGAAAGGAAGCAGAUAUGAGGAAGGAAUGGAGAGGGAGAGAGGGAAGAAAUAGAACAGGAGAGAAGGAAUACAAUGAACUGAGCACAAGAAGAAGGAACCUAACUGGAGUAUAAAAAGAUAGGGAGGAGAAAACACUUGUGUAUGUACGUAUAUGUUCGUGUAUUUACUAUUGAGACUGACUUGGAAAUUGAUGUAAGAAUAUAAAUUAAUAAACAUUAGAAAUAAGGAAUUUUCAAGUGUUUUCUCUGUGUGUGUGUGUGUGUGUGUGUGUGUGUGUGAGAGAGAGAGAGAGAGAGAGAGAGAAUGUGUAGAGUCAAAUACUAUUACUACUGUUCAAAUUCUUGUUCUUCUUUUGGUAUUCCUCUUAUUAUCACUUCCUCCUCCUCCUUCUUCUUCUUCCUCCUGUUGACUCAAAUCUGCAAAAUAAAUACAAAUUUUAUCAAUAUAAGGAAAUGGGAGAUAGGAAAUGCUAAUAAUGACCAACUAGACUCCCUUAAUAAUAAUAAUAAUAGCCAUGAUAAUGAACGACCCCUCUCUCUCCCUUUUUUUUCAUUUUCGUUUACUCUAAUGUUUAUUUGAUUCUCUCUCUCUCUCUCUCUCUCUCUCUCUCUCUCUCUCUCUCUCUCUCUCUCUCUCUCUCUCUCUCUCU